UGUUACGCAUUCAUUGUUCCCUGUAGGCUUUUCUAAACUUAUAAAAAAGUUCAAUGUAGUGCACCAAAUAUUUGAAUUAUCUAUGCAAGUCUAAUAAAGUCUGAAAAAUAAAAAUUAUUUUAUUUUAAAGUUUAACUUUUAGUAUCAAUUUGUGAGAUGAAUUUUAUCUAUUGAACUGUUUUGUCAUUUUUUUGUAUUUAUUUAUUUUUUAAAAACAUUUGUUGAUUUUAACUCUUACUAUUCUUUUGCCCACACAAAUACUCCCAUAUGAUUUGUUGUUUAUCUAUUUUAGUAAUAUCAUUAUUUUUUUAACAAUGGGCGAUGAACCGGAAAAAAAGAUUGAAAAGAUUUUUUCUGAUGAUGCGCUCAAUUUGGAUAAAAUCGAUCUAUACAGUAUUCUCAAGGAUAAGGAGAAAUUGGUCGAAGAUCGACGUUUAAAAAACUGGGGUAUUUGGCUACAACGAAGACAGGAACAGUACAACAGGCUUUGCUCCAGUUUGAACAUCGAGCCGGAGUGUUUGGUAAUGAACUAUGAAACUAAUAUUAAUAAACUUCUUGAUACAAGAUUGAUCGCUGAGGCGGAAAAAUACACGUACGAAGAUAAAUACCGCGGCAGCAUUCAUUUUUGGAAAACAGUCAAGUUUCUGAAAAAAGACCGAAAACCGCAGAUAGAAAAUCUUGUCUAUUCAGCAGAUGUAAAGUUUAGAGAUGAUCCUGAAGUACUUGUAAAGAAAGGGUAUGUCGAUACGCCAGGUGGAAUACAAGAGGAAAAUUUUUCAAAGCCUUGUGCCAAAAAAAUCAGAAAACCUUGGGAAUUAUCUGAAACUUUAAAAAGAAAAAAAGAAAAAUUAGCCAGUAAAAUCAACCUUUUGGAACCUUUCAGGCCAGACAUAAAAAACUUGAUGGUAAAAGGUGUGGCAUUAUUUAGACCGAGUAUACCGUCUGAAACAAACCAUGUAUUAACUCCAGACAUCCAUGUUGAAAAAGCAGAAAAUGAUUCUUCAUUUGAUAAUUUGGUCCCUGAUAACAGAAAUCCUUGUUUCCUGAACAAAGCUACCUUAGAAAUUGGGUCUGUUUUAGUACGGCAGCAAGAAUCGGUCGAUGACAUACCUGAAGAUAAUAAUUGGGAGUUAAAUUUCACAAAUGUUGCUGUUUAUAACAUACAUACGCAAAGUGUCAACUUUAAAAAUGUAGGUCCAAUUGCUGUCCAUUAUAGGUGGGAACAAACCAAUGCUUAUGAACAUCACAGCUUGCCUAUUAAAUACAGCAAAAGUAAUAUUCCAAAAUUUUUUUUCGAUGUCAAAUCAGGAAUAUUGCUCCCUGGUCAACAAUUUUUUCUUGAAUUCACUUUUAGAUCGAACAAACAAGGUACUUUUAAAGAAGUUUGGGAGCUUCAUACAGAGCCAUUAAUCGCUUUGAAACCUUUGAAAUUUGUCUUGCAAGGAAUAGCUAGUGAAAAUCCAGAAAUAGAUUUGGGCAUGACAUGGGAAAAAGCAGAAAAUUAUAUCCAAAGUUGUGUCAAAGUGUCAUUUGCGACACAGUUGAUCUCUGAUAUAGACUUUGACAACAAAAUUUUAAAUUUCCAAACUGAUUACAACAAUUUAUAUUUAGAGAAGGAAAUAUUUGAAUACAUCAAUAAAAUUGCCAAUUAUAAAUCCCAUUGUAUCAAUUCCCUGAGGGAAUUAAGAGGAAAGUUGACUGCAGAUAAGUGGGAUUUGAGCGUAAAGUCAGUACGGACAGAUAUCAUCACUCUGGAAAAAGAUUGUGACCUUAGGCACGAGUACCUAGGAGAAUUCAAUACGACAGUUUCUAAACUGACGAAACCACACAGAGAAGAACAAGUGCAUAAUGUGAAAUAUGAAGCCGUCUAUUCCAUUUUGAGCAGUUUUGUCAGCCAAAUACCGCAGUCGGCAGAUAUGCUGCAGAAAAUAUACAAACUUCAAUCGAUACCAGUGAUCAAACCUAGUUCUCCAAAAUUUGAACUCUCUGGUUCUUGGGAAAACCUGAGAACAAUAAAAUUAAUACAGUCGUCUAGCAGUGAUGAGGAUUUUCUUAGAGACUACAAAAAAGAAAUGAAAUCAGGACUAAAAAUAGGUGGAAAGGGCAAUUUGAAAAGAGGAAGCGCAGUAAGUGCAAAACGGGGAAGCACAAAGCGAGGAAGCACAAAACGAGGGAGCACAAAACGAGGGAGCACAAAACGAGGAAGCACGAAAAGACAAAGUACAAAGAGGCAAAGCACAAAAAGGCAAAGCACCAAGAGGCAAAGCACCAAGAGGCAAAGCACUAAGAGGCAAAGCACCAAACCAGGAGGAGCAAGAAGACAGAGCAAGCAUCCUGGUGGGAGAAAAUCUGUAAAAGAAGGCGCCAGUGAAAAGCAAGCUGCAAAAGAGACAAAAGAGGCAUCAAAAAAACGACCACCAGCAGUUAAACCACCAAACAUCAAACUUACUAAAGAGAAACCGGAGAGGAAACUGUCUAUCAAAUGGGAACCAGAACCAGACCGAGAUUUAUACAGAGGUUUAUUGAUAUCCCACGUGAAAGAUCAUUUGGAGACGGCGAUCAAUCAAAUCGCUUCAGCUCUUGACUCGUAUAACACGUUGGAAUUGGAUAAGAUACCUCCUAUGCAUAUCGCAUUUCUUGAUGAAGGUCUUAAGCACAUUGUUAUACCAAAAAUCCCUGAUUUACAACAGCCAGAAGAACCACAAAUUCAAGUUAGCGCAACUCAAAUUAAACCGAUGGUUGUUUAGUGUAAAAACUGACAGAAUAAAAUAUUCACUAAAGAUUUUGUAUGUUUAUGUG